AUGCAGAAGCCACUGAUUGCUUUCGCCGUGCUGUGUUUGGCACAAUUAUCUUAUGCGGCAUACCCCAUUAAAGAUUUCGGCGAACCAUUGAAGACCGACUUUAAAAUCUGGCACGACAACUGUGAACUUUAUAUUCCUGGUGUAACACAAAAAGAAAUCAACAGAGUCCGAGAAGGACACUUUGAUACAGACAACCUAGCCAUUAAGCUUAACACUGAUAUGAUUAUGAACAAGGCUAUGUUGGAUCUAUACAUGCCCAAGAAACUUAUGGAAGAAGAAUACAUCGGCUAUUUGAUGUGUGCUUCACAGUUCAGAAAUUACAAAAAGAUGCCCAUUAUUGAUAAGAUCUUUGGAAUGCUCGAAUGCAAUUACAACAGAAAUCCUGACGUAAGUUUUCAAUAUAAUGUUUAUCAAUAA